UCACAUGUGUUGUGGUGGAGUUUACUGCACCGCGGGAAAAGUCAUGUGCUUCCAUCAAAAUGUAAACAUGUACAUGAGAAUAAGAUAAGGUAUCUGUCUGAUGACAAUAUUUCUCAAAUCUGCAUUAUAUGGUGGAUGUUUACCCAUACGCAUAUGUCAUAUUAUGUCGAAAUCAUCAUAUUUUACACGAGCUAAAAACAAAACGACAGGUAAGGUGACUGAAAUAGACACUGAGAUAAAUGUAAACAAACACACAAAUGUUGUCGUCAAAGGGUUGAAAGCAUUUGCAGCUAAAAGGAAGCAUAUAAAGAUUGAGUAUGAGGACCAGAAAAACUCAAGUGUCAAACAAGAAGCAGCUAAGCAAAAGAAAAAGAGUGACAACAUUGAAGUUGACGUGAAGCGAGAGAAAUGGGAGCCACCCAACUGGAGGAAUCAGCUGAAGAAUAUCUACCAGAUGAGGAGCAGGAGAGACGCACCCGUGGAUACCAUGGGUUGUGACGUCAUUAGUGACACUCAGGCCUCUCCAGAGGUGUUUCGUUACCAAGUACUGUUGUCGCUGAUGCUGUCAAGUCAAACAAAGGACCAAGUGACGUCAGCAGCGAUGGCAAAACUGCGCCAACAUGGCUGCAACAUUGACAACAUUUUAGCAACAUCGGAUGAUAAGCUGGGACAGCUAAUCUACCCUGUAGGCUUCUGGAGGAGAAAGGUUGAGUACAUCAAAAGGACAUCAGAGAUCCUGAGGAGCAAGUAUGAGAAGGACAUCCCAGGAUCUGUUGAGGACUUGUGUAAACUUCCGGGGGUGGGUCCCAAGAUGGCCCAUCUUGUCAUGAAGUGUGCGUGGAAUGUCAUGUCAGGGAUAGGGGUGGAUACACAUGUUCAUCGCAUCACCAACCGUCUUCACUGGUUCAAGAAACCGACCAAGCAGCCCGAACAGACACGGAUAGCCCUGGAGGAGUGGCUGCCUAGGGACUACUGGCAUGAUAUCAACCAUCUACUGGUGGGGUUUGGCCAGCAGACAUGUCUGCCUGUCGGACCCAAGUGUCACCAGUGUCUCAACCAAAACAUAUGUCCUUCAGCUUCAAGGUCAAGUGUCAAACAGAAAGGCAAGGCCAAGGUUAAACAAGAAGCGCUCAAAGAGAGUGUUGUCUCAACAGAGGAAGAUGUAGAUUUGAGUGACAUCAAGUGUGAAGUUGAUGCAUCUUGUAUUGACGAUGAACAUUUGUCAUCCACUGAAGCAACAGUUAGGUCAAGGUCAUCUAGAGGUUGCCAAGGCAUUUUGAUAAAGCAGGAACCAGAUGAUGUUUAGUGCUACAUAAGAGGUAUCUGAUGUAGGUUUAAAGUUUUAACCAAAGAUAUUUAGACAUAAAAAUAGUCAUAUAUUUCA